UUAAUUUUGUAAGGUUUUCAAUUUUCUCAAAAUUUUUCAAUUUUAUCACUGCAUAUAUUUUAACAUCCACCCUCCAAUUCCUGACUUUUCCCUCACUGUAUAGAUUUUUGACUUUUCAAUUUCCUUAUCCAUUUUGUACUUCAUGAAACUUAUUUGUGCUAAUUUUUUCUUCAGGUGCUAUUGGUGCUUCUUAUCUUAGAAAUCAAUAUUUGGUCACAGGUUAUUCCUAUGCCACCAAAGAGGAAACUACCACCCCCAAGACCUCUGAAUGGUCCUAUCACGCAGGCUAUCACUCAACCUAGCACGUAGCCUUCACCUACCAUCCAGUCUGUACUAGCCACUUUGCCAAUACAGACAUGCUACUUUUUAUGUGCAAUAUGAUAAAUAUGCAACUCUCAAAGAGUUCAUGGAGAAAUCAAUGGUCACUUCCUUAAAGGAGUUUCGAUAUUAGCUGCACACACAUUACAAGAAUUUCUAGAUCAACCAAUGGCUCAUAGGAAGGCUAAUAAGCCUAAAGAAAUCAGACAUCAGGUUGAUUGGGAUUAUUUGUGUGACUAUUGGGAAAGUGAGCGGUUUCAGAAAAGAUCCAAGGUAGUAGUUGACAAUAGAUCCCGACAAGAAUUUACCCAUUUUUCUGGUUCUAUAUCAUUUAUUCAAUGGCAGGCUAUGGGGGAUAAUGUAACUGGGCGACCAGACAGAAUUCAGCUAUGGAAGAACACACAUUACAAGGAUACAAAAGGCUGGAUCCAUCCUAUGGCUGAGGAGAAAUAUAAAGAGAUGGUAGACAUACAAACAACACAAUAGGCACAUGUUGUGGGAGAGGAAACUGAGAGCCAAGGAGUACAACUCACUACUAAUGACUUUGCGAGUUGGAUCUUUGGAACUACUUCUUGCUACUAUAGGGGUUUGGGCAAGGUCCAAAGAUUCCACAUGCUACAUCUCGUGCAAACACGACUCAAUGAGAGAUUGCUGAGCUUCGCCAAAUCGUGCAUAAUUUGCGGAGCCAAAAUGAGCAUAUUCUCGCCUAGUUAGAAGAGAUUAUGCCACGUGCCACCGCUAGAAUAGGCAGCCCUAGAGUUCCUGCUACUCAUUCGACAUCGUUACCAUCAUCACCUAUUCACGAGUCACAUGAUGAUCACUAGUUUAAAGCUCUUCUAUUCCAUUUACAUGGUUUUAUAUUUUGAUGGUUAA